AUGGACCCGGCAAAAUUUGAUCCCCACGCCGCGGUAAUUCAAGCUUUUGCCUACGAGCCAACGCUAGGAAUUCAAUUAGUUUCGAUGGGUAUGGAAUAUACUUUACCGAUUGCUGAUCCUGUAGCUCUUCAACCGUUUUUGAAAAUCAGCGGUCAACUUCAAAGUACUUUGCGUAUUUCGAAUCAUUUAGAUUUCGUAGAUGAAGAAGCUGCGUCUCAAGCGCAAGAGUCUCGUGGAAUCUAUGUAACAACAACUUUCAGACCUACACUCACAGUACUCACUUCCGUUUACAAUAUAUGGAAUGCCACUACUCCAUUGGUCCAGAACGUGUCUUCGAUAGGUUAUACACUUAUCUUUCAACGACUUCCAGUUACAGUCGCAGGAAAUACGAAUUCAUUUGAUUUACCCAGCGAUGCAGGAAACUUUGUGCUGUGCCUCUUUUCUGUUACCUGGACUGAUGAAUCAGACGAUACAUUAGUUAAUUCGGUAACUAAAACAUUGAUAGAAGCAAUUGAGGAGACGGCAAAGACAGCCGGCGUCUUUUAA